CGGAGGAAGGAGGACAGACUGGCACCAGACCUUCGAGAAAGAUCCAAAAGAUCCAGAACACAGUGGAAACCGCGAAGGAGACAACAUACCGGUAGAACGGGGGAUAUCGUCUCAUUGCUACCAGUACUGUAUUGGUAAGAGAAUGGACACAGCCGUCCUACCAAUAGAAGAGGGCACUAAUAACAAGAAGCAAACAAAUACUAAAGAACAACAACGACUAGUGGCAUUGCCUUCAUCGUUAUCAGAAGGAGAAGAAGAAGACGAAGGACUCCUCGCCUUUUCAGAACAUCAAGAAGAAGAAACAGAACUGCUAGUAGUAGAAGACGACGAUACCAUGCCGAAACGACCCAAGAAAAUCAACAAAAAGAAGCCGUUGUUGUCCUCGCAACCCCAUUAUUAUUAUUUUUCGUCUCAUUUUACUAAUAAAUGGACCACACGAGCCAAAGAACUCUACUCCCAGUUGACCAUUCACGAAAUCAGUGGCAGUGUCGGAGAUUUGGGAACCUUUAUUCCACUCGCCGUGGCACUGGCACGACAAAAUGCCAUUGCACUCGCUCCCACACUCUUUUGGGCGGGGUUUGCCAAUGUCAUGACGGGAUGUGCCUGGGAUGUACCCAUGGGAGUUCAACCCAUGAAAGCCAUUGCCGCGACCGCCAUUGCUCAUGAAUUGACAAACAAGACACAAGUGACUAUUGCUGGGAUAUUCAUGGGAUUAUUCAUGAUUGCCUUGAGUAUUACCAAGGGAAUUGAACUGGUCAAUUGGCUAGUGCCAACGCCAGUGGUCAGUGGCAUCCAGAUGGGAGUUGGAAUCAACCUUGCCAUUCGAGGUCUCGUCAUGAUUCAAGGACUUUCGUGGUGGAGUGAAAUCGAUUGUAUUGGUUUGGCAUUGAUCGUAGCCCUUGCGUGCUUGUAUCUGUUGAGGGAACCAACCACUCCAGCUCCAACCACCACAACCACAACUUCCAAUGAGAACGAGGAGAGCAACAGCCGGAAAACAUCCUCCGCACCACCGCCACGACCGGUAGGGCUCUACUUGUUUGGAUUGGGACUAGUGUUGGCUAUGUUCCAUUUGCUAUUUGCCCAAGCUACAACAGCAGAUACUACCCCGCAAGGGUGGCAACCCAUUAUCGUGUGGGCACUCCAGGGAGCCACCUGGGACGAUUGGAAGCGGGGGCUACUCCAGGGGGCACUACCACAACUCCCCCUCACAACCCUCAACUCGGUCGUGUCCGUGUGUUGCUUGGCCCACAACUUGUAUCCCGAAAAACGCAAAACAACCACAGACACGGAUGCCGUUGUUUCACGGCGGGAAGUUAGUUUGAGCGUGGGAUUCAUGAAUUUGAUCUUGUGUCCCUUGGGAGCCAUGCCCUGCUGUCACGGAGCGGGAGGAUUGGCGGGACAGCACAAGUUUGGGGCCCGACAUGGUGCUUCCGUGGUGUUUCUGGGAGGAUGCAAAAUGAUACUGGCAUUGCUCUUGGGAAAGUACCUGCUGAAGGUUUUGGAAGCCCUUCCUACUUCCAUUUUAGGACUCAUGCUGGUCGUUUGUGGUCAUGAAUUGGCAGUCAUGGGAUGGACCGUCCUGGCCAAGGAACACCAAUCGUCUGCCGAGCAGGGUAAUAUUCCACGAAAGGGAGUGGUAGUGGCUCUCCUUACAGUCAUUGUCGAUGUGGGCCUGCACAAAACCCACUAUGCAGCCCUCACGGGGUGGAUCGCCUACAUGGUCUAUGGAGACGGCAUGAAGGAGUAUGCUGCACAGUGGCAGAAGAUUCGAAGUGGUGAUGCUGGACAGUAUUCGCCAGUGGCUCGAUCCAAGGAAGGCAGUGCAGAUCCAUUGCAGGUUACUUGAGCAGCUGAGAGCACUAUAUGGUCAGCUAGCUACCUGGCAGUACCUUGAAUGUUGAUUGCAAACUAUUUGAACGUGGUACUAUUGCCAUCAUUGAAGUUCGCAUUACCGACUUGGUCUCUGGCUCCUGCCCGAACAAAGAUCCCCUCAAAAAGUUUUGCAUGCUCAGAAACGCGAGAAACUCUCAAAUGAUAAAGGCCAGUCCGAAUCGCGUCAUGCCUCUUUCCACCCUUUUGUUGUUUCCGUGGAUGGCAUGCUUGCCCCUCAAGCUAAACUUCUUUUGCAACACCUUGACUUUCUCAAGGCCAACAAACUCAAUAUUCCUAUUCCCAAAUGAUGUUCUUGAUGCCAAGAAUUCUUGUAGCAAUAUGACCACUGGGU